CCCGAACCGCCCACCAAUGGGCAUCCAAAGAAUCGGUUGGCGUUCGUGGACUUUUCCUCUAAAAGACCAAUCAGAGGACCUAAGAAACAGUAGGCGUAACUCUCAAUUUCCGACCUUCGGCCAAUCGUUCCACUCGAGUGAAGAUCUCGCUACGUUCUCUGUGUGAAACGGCACCUUUAAGGCAGGCCGAAGAUCCUUCUCCCAAAUUCUAUUGGUGGGCCCAAGCGUAACCGAGCUCUUCUGAUUGGCCAGUAUACUUCCAGUUUCCGUUCAAGGCCCGCCUCCAGCCUCCCUCUGCUUCGGUCCUUAGGAUAAGACCAUGGCCCUGAGAGCAUGUGGCUUGAUCAUCUUCCGAAGAUGCCUCAUUCCCAAGGUGGACAACAAUGCCAUUGAAUUUCUCCUGCUGCAGGCAUCAGAUGGCAUUCAUCACUGGACUCCUCCCAAAGGCCAUGUGGAACCAGGAGAGGAUGACUUGGAAACAGCCCUGAGGGAGACUCGAGAGGAAGCGGGCAUAGAAGCAGGCCAGCUGACCAUCAUUGAGGGGUUCAAAAGGGAGCUCAAUUAUGUGGCCAGGAACAAGCCUAAAACAGUAAUUUACUGGCUGGCAGAGGUAAAGGACUACAACGUGGAGAUCCGCCUCUCCCAUGAGCACCAAGCCUACCGCUGGCUGGGGCUGGAUGAGGCCUGCCAGUUGGCUCAGUUCAAGGAGAUGAAGGCAGCACUCCAAGAAGGACACCAGUUUCUUUGCUCCACAGAGGCCUGACCUGACUGGAACAGAGUCAUUUGCUUCAGUAGGAUCCUUUUGGGCUUGUUAAGAUGAAGCCACCCUCAGGUCCAGGGAAGCUUGUGCUGGUAUUUGGCUCAUCACAGUCAAGAGCAGAUAGGUUUGUGAAAUCGGCUCAACUCUCAGAUGAGAGCAAGCAAAAAUCUCUGCUGGGCAGAAAGGAAGGCAAACGAGGAGUAAAAAUUAAAAAGGCCAGGCCCAGUAAAGUGUACCUUUUACUUUAUAAAUAAACCUCAACCAGCUCAAGGUUGUCCUUCUAA